CUCUUGGCUCCAGCCGACCAGCCUCCCUCGCUUUGCGCGCCGAGCGGCUCCGUUCCCUGCGCCGCGCCCCAGAUGGCUUCCGUAACAGAUGCCAGAUAUGGACACAAGGAUGCUUCCGACCAGAACUUUGAUUAUAUGUUCAAACUCCUGAUCAUUGGCAACAGCAGUGUGGGCAAGACUUCCUUCCUCUUUAGAUAUGCUGAUGACACUUUCACACCAGCCUUUGUCAGUACUGUGGGGAUCGACUUCAAAGUGAAGACUGUUUACAGGAAUGACAAGAGGGUAAAACUGCAGAUUUGGGAUACUGCUGGACAAGAAAGGUACAGGACAAUUACCACUGCCUAUUAUCGAGGAGCAAUGGGAUUUAUCCUUAUGUACGAUAUUACUUGUGAAGAUUCCUUCAAUGCUAUUCAGGACUGGGCUACUCAAAUAAAGACCUACUCCUGGGAUAAUGCCCAAGUCAUUCUGGUUGGAAACAAAUGUGACAUGGAGGAUGAGAGAAUCGUUCCUUUUGAAAAGGGAAAACAUCUGGCUGAUCAGUUGGGGUUCGAUUAUUUUGAAGCUAGCGCCAAGGAGAAUGUCAACGUGAGGCAGGUCUUUGAGCGCCUGGUGGACAUCAUCUGUGAAAAGAUGUCGGAGAGCAUGGAUUCGGAAGCUUCUAGGACAACUACUGCUGGGAAGAACGUGCGUCUCACAUACAGCCCCCCUCCAUUGCAGCAGAAUUGCUCCUGUUAAUGCCUCAAAAUCUCAAAGAAUGUUGUUGUUGCAAGAUAGUGGGCAGGAACAGUACGUCUUCUAAAAGAGAUGUUUCAGUGCUGGUGGAGCUGGAUAUGUUUGUCUGAUGUUUUGCGAAGUCUCUUUAUAUAUUUUAUAUAAAAACAGUGCAAGCGCAGCUAGUGUUCCAGUGAAAAGUUAUGCUACGGUUUAAGUAGUUUAUAUAGUCCGUCACAUAUUUCUGUGUGGUUCUCAAUGUUACCAUUGUUUCGCCACCAGUCAGGUAAUCCUGACCCAAACACACUUUAUUAGCAUCUGCUAGCUAGAGGCCACUAUUAACUAUGACACAAAAAUUUAAUUAAAAAAAGAAAGGACAGCAGUUUGAACUAUCUCACAAAAAGAUCUUCAGAAGGGAAAGGCAAUACUGUUCUUUGUGUAAUUAACUGGUAUCUUUGCUUAAUAAGAAUUGCACAGGAAAAGCUGUAGCUCAGUGGUAGAGCAUGCAGAAGGUCCUAGACUCAGUCAUUUAAACCAGUCAUUUUCAUUGAGGCAAAAACCACCAAGCUCAGUCACUCCAUACCAUAGCAGCCACACCAUUCACAUGAGCAUGUGUCAAAAGGAAAGGG